GAAGACGGCAGUUAGAAGUACCAACUACCACUUAUCCGUCGUUCCGAUCUGUCUUCGAAAUUUCUACAUUGUACUUAUCUACUUACCAGACUUUUGAAGUUCCGACGAAGCAUCAAUGUCCUGCCAAUCCAUCGCUUUUCUCCUCAGGAGAUUCUCUACUCAAGUCCUACACAAACUUAUUCCCAUGGUGAUGGGCGUCAAUUGGAAUCAAAUACAAAAGAUUUUGAUCAGAAACAGACUCUCCUUACAGAAGAAAUACAUCAUCCAAGCUGCCGUUUGUUUAUACGAGGAUAAGAAACCAACCAAGGCAGAUUUGGAAAUACUAUCCAGGAAGUUAAUUUUUUUUGAUGUUGUGAAUAACCUAAAACUACAAUGGCAAUGUGCGAAGUUAAAUGAUCAGGUGUCCAAUUUUCCAAAUAUCUACCAAUUAGAAAAAAAUAUAAUCAACGCUUACAAACAAGAAGGGAGGGACGCUGGUGUCCUUGUUUAUGAAGAGCAACCGUUAAUAUUUGUUAAGGCCUAUGAUAAGAAAUAUAAGCACUCAUUACCUCUCCACUUUGUGAUUCAUACAGCCUUACCCGAUGAACAGUAUUUCUUCUAUUCAACAAAUUCGGCAAAAAAUAAUAGCCAGAUAGAUCAUUUUUGUACUGCCCUAGGAUAUGAAAGUUAUAGUUCAAUUCCUUUGUCAGGUAAAGAUGUGAGGAAUUUAUUCGAGAUAGUAAAACUAAGUCAGGAGGUUACUGUUUCUGAUAUUCCUGAUUUUGAUCCAGUUCGAGUAGUUGAAAGAGAUGGAGUUGUUGAUUUUACAUUAGGCGAAGAAAGAUGUAAAUAUGCUGAACAAAUAUUUCAUGGAUUAACAAAUCUCAAUACAUUUACGAUUCAUGCUGACAGCAAAUGGAAAGGUAACAGUGACAUCAGCAAUAAUGAGAAUAAUCGGUUCCUCACGACUCUCACCUUCACAGUGAAGAAAAGAGGACAUUCUGUUGAGAACAUAUUCAAAGAAUUAAUCAAAGCCGGAGCAGUAAAGAUUCCACUCCCAACUUUCUUAGCCAAUAUGACAAAAGUUCCCAAAAAUAAUGUCUCUCUGUCGGAGGAUGAGUCAGAUGAUUCUGUUAUGGAUAAAUCGUACUAAAAAUUAAGAAUUAUACCAAAUCUAAGAACUAAAAGAGAACUAUAAAACAUUUAUAGGUUUUUUUAAGAAUCAUUUAAAAAGAAAUAUGCUCAUACAUUAAAUAAAAUUGUUUAUGUUUUGUUUAUUGUCCAUGUUUUUUGCUAAGAAGAAGAAAUAAUUUAAUUAAAUUUAAUUAUUAAUUAAUUAAAUUCAAUUACCAUACAUUUAUAAUACAAUUCUGC